AUGAAUAACAUAUUUAUUACUUAAGUUAAAACUAGCGCUGGGGAUAAUGCUAUUAUAAAUUCAACAGAAAGGAAUGAGAAACAUAGAUAAGCGUAUACGAAAGUUCUAUAGUUGAAGAGCUUUAAUUUAAUACAAUCUGAGACAAGGGUAGAUACUCCAGCAAAAGAUAUAGAUGAAGCUGAACUUCCAUUAAGAGAACAUUUUUAUAGGGAUUCUUUAAGACGUUCAGCAACAUUCUUGAAGGUGGCAUCUGAGGAAAUGGGUAGAUAUUAAACUGAAUGGCAUUGGAAAUUCUUCUUUGAAUUCUUAUUUUAUCAUAUUGUAAUAUGUUAUAUUUAUAUUGUAGAUGUUUUAUAAUCUUUUUGGACCCUUCAUGGUGAUAUUUUUUUGGAAAUGGCCAGGUAUGCCUCUGAUGAUAAAUAUGAGAUUUUUAAAACAUCAUGCAUAAUUUUACUUUUAAUUACUUUUAUGGUUAGGAUCUUUGGCAGGAGGCUAUUGGUAUUUAUUUGAUGAUAAAAAUAUAAUUACUUUAACUGAAGUAGUGUUCACUUAAUUUGCUUUAUUAAUUAGAGCUGUUGUUAUUGCUGCUAAAUAUGCUACUCUAAGUGAAGAAAGAAUUAAAUUAUACAAAUAGGAAGUUUUAAGUGAAGAAAUUUUUACAUUUGAUUUAAUGAUGUGGGAUUGGAGACUUUAAACUCCUAAAGUUUUAUUUCUAGAACAAUUAAGAUUCUUAAAAAGAAGAGAAUUAGAUCCUGAUUUUUAUAAAAUCGAUUUCUUAUGUUAACCUCAUAAUAAGACAGUAAAAUAAUUAUUAUAAGUUGAUGUUGGAUUUUAUAGAGAAUGGUUGGAAUAGUAAGAUGAAUCUUAGAUAGCACCAAUUAUAGACAAUACCUUCAAUUGUUUCUUUAUUUUUGGGUAUUUAGUCAAUUCCUUUUAAAAAACACACUCUCCUAAUGGAUUUUCGAAAUAUGUAGUGGUUUAAUCUUUAAUAUUAUCAUUAACACCAUGUUUAUUAAGAGUAUAAUAUUUUUAUGAGAUCGAUGUUGGAGCUAUUGAUAUUUUAAGAAUAAUAAUAAAUGUUUUAACAACCUUCUAAGCAUUCUUUGGAUCUUUUGUAUUUUUGUAGAUCGGUCUAUAUGAUUUAUAAAGAAAGUUUUAUAUUUUAGAUUAAUGCUGCUAUAUGCUGAGUAUUAAGGAAUAAAAUUAUUCUUCUGGCAAAAAGUUACUACCAUCAAUCAACUUUAAUAAUCCUAUUACUCUAUAAGCUUGGUCAAUGUUAAGAGGGAUGGCUUUCGAUUAUGGAAGAACUUAUGAUUUCAGAAUUUAAGGAUUUUAUUCAUUGAUUUUUAUAGGAUGGAUAUUUUUAUUUUUGUUUGGAAUAGGUGUAUUGUUAGAUUUCAUUCAUAUAGAUUUUUUUUAAACUACAUUAUUAUCAGAAAUGUUGGUGAUUUUAACUGGAUUUAUUGGUUAUUAUUUGUGGCAUGGUGCUUAAUUAAAUGAAUAUUAUGAAACAUUUGAUAUUUUAUUGGAAGAUGUUAGGAAUAUGUAUGUUGAUAUUCUUAGAAAAAAGGAACAAUAUUUUAUUUUAAAUUUGGAUAUAACAAAUGCAAUACAUAAAAAAUUUGUAUUUUUAUUGAAGAGUCAGACUAAAUCACUAGAAACUAUUACUUAAUACAUUAAUCUUAUAAUAGAAGAGAUUGAUGAUGCCAUAAGACAAUUGAAUUAUGAUGAAAAACAUAAUCCUUUUAAAAUUUAUGGCAUUCGAAUAACCUUAAACUUUUUAUAAAGUGUAGUUGUUGCUGUGUUUACUGUAGUAGGAUUUGCUGUGUAAUAAAGAAUGCAAAAUGUAGACGUAGCUUGUCUUUCAAAAUGA